AUGUCUCAUCCGGCGACGUGGCCUAACGCAUUUUUCUAUCCGAUAGGCAAUACCCCCCCUAUCUGCCUUACCCAGGAUCUUCCCCCCAAUAUUCCUGCGGAUAUUCUCCUUCUGGGAUGUGGAGAUCCUCGCAGUAUCUUGUAUACAUGCUUUGCUGACCUUGGAGCCCCUCGUCGCAAAAUCGAUGCAACAUGUUGCGAUAUAGAGUCGGCCGUACUUGCUCGAAACGUCUUACUCUUGACAUUGCUUGCUGAUGAUGAAUCGGCAACUCUUUCCAACAACAUCUGGGAAAUCUUCUAUCAUUUUUAUCUUGACAAACCUUCUCUCGACCUCUUAUCGGAUCAGUGUCAAAAACUCAUUGACCUGACCAAGUCCUUCGAUGUGUGGAACCAGUCUAAGUACGGCGCAUUUUUGAGGUUCUGUACCCAUACUACGCUCUCAGAACUACGGAGUUACUGGGAACGCUACCUUGGCGCAAAUCGCCUGUCCGUACAAGGCAAACAGCGUCUCCGGACUCAAUUCAAGAACGGUAUGGAUACAACCGCCAAAAUCUCCGAGCGUGGGUUGAUGUAUGCCGCGUGUCGGUCAGCGGUGCCGUUGUGGCAGGAAAUUGGGAAGGUUGCUCCAAACCAUUACAAAUCGUACUGGAAAUCCGGUGUCAUGUGCACAUCAUCAGUUGCCAGUUCUUCACCGUUACCGUAUGUCAAUCCCACUUUCGUCUACUCAUCGAAAGGUCAUAUCUUCAAUGUACACUAUGGCACCGAUCCGAUACUAUCAUUUCAUCUCGCUGCAACGAUGCCUGCCGUUUCCGGUAAUCAUGAUCGCCCGACGACCGCAGAAACGGUCGUCAUUGGGGCGAAGCUACAGUUUAAAGAGUGGUCGAAUGCUUUCAGACGAUCGCUUGCGCAAUCCUCCCUCACCGUGCGCUUUUUUACGGGAGACGUCAUUCAUUUCUGUCACGCUCUUCGCUCUCUUUCUCGCACAGGGCACCGUACUACUGGCAUUCACAUAUCUGUUUGGAGAGGAGAGAUGAUAACGUUUGAUGAAGCAGACUAUGAUAUCACCGUUCCCUCUACUGCUCCGAUUGUUUUCAAUGUCAUUGACACAUCCAAUCCUAGCCGAUCAUGUUGGAUUGUUGAACGUCCUUUGCGCAGCCAUACCGCUCUUGCGGCAUGA